UGUGGUGACACCCAUGUGUGGUUUUGAGCUAGAUGCAAUUGCGCAAGUAGUGGCUGUUACUCGUUCUUGGAUCUUCGGGGUAUCUCCGAUCAUAUCUUUCACAAGUUGUCACGUGUUCGGCUGUCGCGUGUUCCGAGUCCCGAAUGCGUCUUUUCUACGAGGAAUUACUUGCGGCUGUUGCACGAGUGCCUCGAUGUUUGUGAUGCAUCCUGGUGCUCACUCUCUUCCGUGGGUUGUGCCCACGAAGGCAUCCAAUAGAAAGUCUUAACCAUCCCUCCACGUUUGUCAACCGGGUCAGCCGUGCUAAUCCAGCAGCACUAGGCUUGGGGCCAUUCAACACUCUAGAGUUUUGGGCUUUUAACGCCAUAGUCUAGUGUGACGGACACACAUGUGUUCGCAAGAAUCGGGUAACCCUGGCGGAGGCGGGGCCGGUCCGACCCAUGAGGAGCUACGGACAGCCAUCGAUGACGCCGUCGGCGACGCCAGCACCAGACUGGAAAGGAUGGUUGAAGAGAAAUUGGAGGGCAUCAUGGACUCCUUGUCCCGAUUAGUGCCCGGGGCACCGCCUGCCGGGAGUGCGACCGCGGCAGGCGGCGGAGGAGAGUCAUCGGGAGGGGCGCACACCCUUCCGGGCGCUGGGUGUUCGACGGAGCACGCGCCAAGUACCGGACGGGGACUCGAGGGAGCGAGAGGACUGCUAGGCCCAGCGCCACGAGAGCACACGCCAUCCGAGGGAGGUAUCUCGCGAGAAGGCGCCCACAGCGAGCAGGCCGCAUGGUAUGCCACAUACUCACACGCCCGGAUCCCGCGCCUGAAACAACUAAGCUUUGAUGGCCAUGAGAAGAACUGGCUCAUGUUCAAAAACGAGUUCACUACGCAGGUCCAAACAUGCGGAAUGGAUCGUGCCUUGAAUGAUAGCAGGGACAUUGUGGUACAAGGUGUAGAUGAUGACGGUAUGGUAAGGCAGGGAGUGAGGAGAGAGGAGAUUGCCAUGUACCGAGAUCUGUGGGUAUUACUGACCGAAGCGAUCUCAGAAAGUGCGACCAAGAUUAUGGUGUUUGGUUGCAAAGGACCCUCGGCAGCGUGGCGUGCGUUGGAAGAGACAUUUUCUCCGUUGACAGGCGGCGAGCAAAUAUCACUGAUGGCAAAGUUUUUCGACGCCCAACAGGGGAAGAACCAGGAUCCACGAGUGUUCUUUCAGGAGUUCAAGUCCAUAGUGACCAGCCUAGAGUUGGCAUUUGAACAACCCAUCCCAAAGAUGCUCGUUUAUGCGCGAUUCCUCGACGCGCUUUCACCGGAAUUCGAACUUCAAAAGCAACUGUUGCUCGCCCAGAAAACACUCGAUGAAGAAGAGAUUUUGAGAGUGUUGCGUACACGGGCUGGGCAACUGAAAGUGGAGGUGACGAAGGGGAAGAGUGAACGGCGAGCGCACCAGGCGGUCGUAGCAGUAGAGGGGAAGGGGAGAGAGAAGAGACGGUCGAGACAAACCAGAGGGGACGAAGAGGCGUACUUGGCCAACGAUAAGAAGUCAGUCAGGUGCUACAUUUGCGAUGGGGAACACUAUGCAAGUGCAUGCCCAGAGAAGCUUUGCCAGAGGUGCGGGAAAAAGGGGCACAACGCAAAGAACUGCCCAUCGAAACCUACGGACGAGACUGCAGUCACCGCAGUCGAGUUGGACGUAGCAUACGAAGCACUCUGA